UAAGGGCAACAAUAGUCAACUACAAAAGUCCUUUUUCAGGGAAUUGUUUAAAAUUGGGAUACUGAUUGAGAUAAAUGACGUAGAAGCUCUUUUUGUUUCACAUGUUGGAAUACCAAAGAGGCGACGACCAGAUAAUAAGGGUGUGUGUCCGGAAAUAAUUAAUGAGUGAGGUCGUUCAUAAUUUUGUAAGACAAGUUCAUAGAAUGCAGUUCAUAGAAGGAAACUUUCAAAAUUGUCCUCUGCUAGUUUGCCCUCAAUUGUAUGUAUUUUGGAAUUAUUCUGCGAAGAAGAUGCAUCAUAAUAACAAAACUUAAGAAUCAUAAUACAAUCUUGACUGGUGUUACGUAAAACAAUAACAUGACAGUUUAAGUUUUAAAACUGCACAGAGAAAUUUGUAUGUUUAUGGAAAAUGUUUUGUCGUGUGUCCCGAGUCCCGUGUGUCGCCCGCCACUCCGGCAGUACCAUACCAUUCGGAUUGGACAUCUCAUGCAAUCCAUGAUUUACCGUUUCACUAACAUGAACAUGAAUCAGUUGACUUUAACUUGAUUGACAGUUAUGUUUGUUUAAUCUGUAAUGACAGGUGGAAUGUCGCAAGCAUUAAUGACAAAUGACGGACACCGUGACACCUGUGACCCUUAAUCCUGAAAUAGUACUUUUAGUGUGUGACGUCAGUGCGUCAAAUGUAAUACGGUUUACUUUUGAGGAUUUUAACUUAUACUUCUCUAUGCUUAUAACUUUUGUACAUCCUAAUGCACGGUUUGUAAACAUAUAUCCAUCAAAGUAGCUGUAUGACAAUAUGUCCGAUAACAUCAUAAACUAGGAAUAUUUUGAAAGGAGCUAACUUGCGUAAAUUGUUAUGAGAAAACGUGGGUACGCUUUGAACCUGUUUAUUGAAUUAAACAAUGAUUAAAUCACUUUUGGUUAGGUUUAUUCUUUCCUCGUCAACAGCGAGUUGUUGAAUAACCCUCAAGACUCGCCAUUCAACUGUUGAAGAUUUAUUAGUUGGUCGGCUGUCCUACCGCGAAGGAACAAAUGUAGUAUACAUUAAUCACGUGACUACCCACGGUAAACAUACACGUGACCAGCUUUGUUGUCAAGUCCCAACAAGGAAGUGAGACGCUGUGUGUGUCAAGGUAAUCACCUCUGAAGAUGGCGACUGCUAAAACGCUGGAAGACAAUUACCUGACCUGUGUCAUCUGUUCAGAGGUGUUCACAGACCCUGCCACGCUUCAGUGUUGUCACACAUUCUGUAAGACAUGUCUACUGAAAUACACCAAAACACAGCCUAAAGCAAUGCAAGACAAAUGCAUCCCGUGUCCCUCCUGUAGACAGCUGACGAAGGUGACCAACCAUGCUAGACCAGUAGAGGAGUGGGUCAGUCAGCUGAAACCAAACCACAUUAUACAGAGUAUGAUGGACGAUUUUGGACAAAGUUCUACAAAAAUGGACUUGUGCAGUGUUUGCAGACACGACGGGAAGACAACCCCUGCCACGUCCUGGUGCUCUGUCUGCAAUGACGCCUUCUGUGGUGAAUGCCUCAAGCUACACAACAAAAUGCCAAAUCUACGAGACCAUGAAAUAGUUGAUUUACUAACACAAGGAAGACGAAAAUCAGCACCUCACCCAAUGUGUAAAUUACACAAAGACAAACGAAUUGAACUAUUUUGUAAAGACUGCAAAGUAGCUAUAUGUACUCUCUGUUGUAGCAUAAAACAUAGGAAAUGUAACGAUGUUGAUACAAUUGAACAUAUGAACCCACUUGUAAAAGAAGAACUUUUGCUAAAAACUAGACGACUAAAGGGAAAUGUGAAAUCUACAGCUGAGGUGAUGUCAAUGGCACAAUCCCAGAUUGAGGAGUUGACCCGAAAUGCAGAAAACGUGAAAACACAAAUCAGAGACACACACAGGGUUGCUACAGAAGUGCUGAUGAAGAAGGAAAAGGAACUGAUGGACCAGGUCGACCGAUCAACUGACAGAAACAUACAAGAACUGAAAGCAUUCAUCAAAUCUCAGGAGAUUGACAAACAGAUGUACCAGCAGGAAGCAGAGUUCGUGGAGAAAGCAGUGACGACAGAGUCUGUGGCAGACAUGUACGACGUCUACGAAUCGGCAGCUGAAUCUAACACAGACACAGACACAGACACAGAUGCUGUCAGUACACCAACCUCCGAGGGGGUUAUUUUCACACAUGACAUGGACGAAGUGAGAGCAUCUGUGGAGGAUAUACAGCUCGGUCAUAUUGACAUAGUGAAGGAUAUAAGUGACAGGACGUCUUCACCUCGUCUGUGUCACACAGUUGACUGUCACAUAGAUGGUGAGAAUGUGUUUAACUUUAUUUUCGAUGUCACAGUGUUGACAGUUGCUUGUGAAAAGGUCAUUGUUAUAACAAAUUCUGGUGAUAAUAAUGUUAAGGCAUUUUAUGGUUUAAAGUCAAAACCACACCACAAAUGUCUAACUCUAUCAGGUAAACCACGUCGAUUAGCUAAGAUGAGUGACAGCCAGGUUGCUGUUAGUGUCCCUAACAAGAAGAUGAUAGCUGUGAUUGGCUUCAACCCUGAUCCUAUACUGCUGUCAACCAUGACAACGAAGCACGGAUACUUCGCCCUAGCAUGCCUGAGUCAGUCACAACUACUAGCGAGUAAUUACAAAGUCAAACACUCUCUGGAUAUUCUGGAUAUGUCAGGCAAUGUACUGAAGUCUAUCAACACGGGUAUCGAACCUACUGCAGAUUUCAUCCACGUGACCAGACAGAACAAUCUGUUAGUUAGUGAUGGAGGAGUGGCCUCCCUUGUGUGUGUGACCCGUGACGGAGAAGCUGUUUUCACCUACACCCCCACAGGAGACAGAGCUCUGAAACAUACUCGGGGGGUCACAACAACCAGCACAGGCGACAUCCUCCUUGCAGACAGUGACUCCCACAAAGUGAUUCAGCUGGCAGAGUCGGGGCAGUUUGUGAGAGAUGUUCUCACAGAUCAGGAUGGUCUCUAUUAUCCUUCUGGUAUCUGUCUGGACAGCGACGGCUUGCUGUAUGUCUCCUGUCUCAAUAAUGUGAAAGUGUUCAAAUUCACCCAACAGUCAGACAGACGCCUGCCAUGUAGAAGCGACAAUAUGGCCAAGAACCUUAUAGUAAGUCACCUGACCAGUGCAGUGUGUACCGAGGUGUUCACAGGCCCCGCCACACUUCAGUGCAACCAUACAUUCUGUAAGUCCUGCCUAUUGCAAUGCCUCAAGUCAAGACCUGAAGCCAAACAAGCCAGGUCCAUCCCAUGUCCAUCCUGUAGACAGCUGACGAAGGUGACCAACCCUGACAGUCAAGUAGAAGAAUGGGUCAGACAGCUGAAACCAAGUCACGUGAUACAGGGGCUGAUGGACGACUUUGGACAAGGUUCUGCAGAAAUGGACACAUGCAGUGUUUGCAGACGUGGCGGGAACACAACACCGACCACUACGCCAGACAGUCCAGUAGAGAAGAGCGUCAGUCAGCUGAAACCAAGCCACGCCACACACAGAUUGGCGGACGAUUUUACACUAAAAUACAAAGAUCUAAACAUAUGCAGCGUUUGCAGGGACAAAGGGGAGAUAACUCCAGCUUCUCUUUGGUGUUCUUCUUGUGAAGCUGCAUUCUGUGGCAGAUGUAUCCGUGUGCAUCGUCGUAUGUCCAUGUCACAAAACCACGACGUGAAGGACAUCGCAACAAGGGAGAAACGUCGUAGUUUCGUUUGUGAAAGCCAUGACGAAAAAGUCACAAUGUUCUGCCGAGAUUGUGAGAAAACGAUCUGUCAUAUCUGCUGCAACGUUGACCAUAGGAAAUGUAAAAGCAUUGCAGUCAUUAGCGAUGUUCUUCCCAAGGUCAAGGCCAGUCUGAUGGCGACCAAAUUGGAUCUAGAGAAAGAAAUAGCAUUGAAAAUGGAUAUUAUUGAAAAACGCAAAUUACAAACGAAAGCUGUGUCAAACAGAACUGAUGAAGUAGAGGCCGAGAUUAUUAUGAAAAGUCAGACAGCGAUGGAGAAGAUACGCGUGGAGAAGAAGAAACUUCUUGAUGAAAUGAACAGGAUCAAGUCCAGAGAGAUUAACCAAAUACAAGAAGAAUUGCAAUCAGAUCAAAUUGCCGUCAAAAUUAGGAAAGAACGGGUUCACAGCAUAGACAAUGUUUUGACGUCAGACUCUGAAACGAAAGUGUUUGAUUUGUAUGAGGCAACUAAAUCAGACACACAAACAUUGACAGACAGCAAACAUGAAGAGGACAUUACGAGGGUUGCUGAUAGUAAUUUUGAAGCUCAUAUGGACGGAUUCACGGAUGCUUUGAACAAAAUCACUCUCAGAAACAGCAUCUCAAACUACGAAGAGAUAAUUGAUUAUGAUACCUUUCAUCCAACUUUACAUCAACGGUUUAAUGUAAAUUCCAGUCUUGACAGUACCAUUCCUGUAAUUAAGGACAUUGUUGUAAUCUCUGUGAGAGGAAUUGAUAUUAUUGUUGUCACUGAUUGGACCAACAAAAGCAUUAAAGAAUUCUACACAGAGCACGACCAGCCAUUGCGGAAACUGUUGAAACUAGAAGAGAGUCCGUUUGGAAUAACAAACUUCGGAGACAAUCUUGUUCUUGUGAGUCUUCCGUGGCAAAGGAGUCUUUAUGUGGUAUCAGUGUAUCCAGGCCUUAGCAUCGCCAAGUCCAUACCAACAAUACGUCGGUACUGGGGAGUCAGUUGUGUGGACGAGGCAAGGAUAGCGGCUGGUGUUUGCGACGGCGUGUCUUCAUCAGUGGACAUUCUGAACCAGAAAGGUGUGUUGCUCAUGUCAGUGUCGAACAGAUACAUACAGUACCCCGAGUAUUUGCACAUAACACAUAGCGGCAGGAUUCUAGUGUCUGACAACGUGUCUAAAUCUCUCCUGUGUUUAUCAUGUGAUGGGGAGUUACUCUUCAAGUACACCCUCCAUGGGGAUACAGUUGUCAGCGUGCCUCGAGGGGUAACGUGCAAGCACAAAGGAGACAUCCUGCUUGUCGACAGAGACGUCCACAAGGUCAUCCUUCUGACGGAAGCUGGGGAGUAUGUCCGAGACGUCCUGACGCCAGAUGAUGGGCUGGACGUACCACAAGGCGUCUUUAAGGACAAAUAUGGACGCCUGUAUGUGACCUGUAAAGAACACAUCCAGGUGUUCAAGUAACAGAGACUUUUAGGGUCAUGUUCCAUACAGGAACCGUUUUAGCGUUCAGACAGUACAAUAAGGUUUAUAUAAUACACUGGUUGAUAAACACAUUUAUCAUCCAAAACUGGCUCCCACAGGAGAUAUCGCUUGUUGAUAAAAGUGGAAAAACUCAGCAAGCCACGGAGUUUUUUCAACUUUUAUCAACUCGUGAUGAUUUAUUUGAUAUCAAAAGACACUCGGGUGAGAUUCUCUAUAUCCCUAUACUCCAUCGCUAAGGACAGCGUCCACAUCUUCAAAUCCAAGUGGUCUAGUGGUAGAGCGGAAGGUCCGGGGUUCGAGCCCCGGCCGCGUCAUUCCAAAAGACGUUAAAAGAUGGUGCUUGUUGUUACCCUGUCUGGCGCUCG